AUGAGAGAAAAAGAGUUUUGGAGCCUUAAUUUUCGGAGCACAUUUUUCUUUCCGGCAAGCAACACUCUUUCUUCGGCUACGCCGCCUGCUCAAAUUGUGGUCAUAAUUCGCACAGGCCCCGUCUGUGUUGCGUUGGUCUCGGCACGGCUGAGCAAGUGCGGAGAACUGUGUCAGGGUCUGUUCUCUUGCUUGGGCAAGUUGUUGCGCUGUGAACAGUGCUCGCUCCUUCGGCUCGAAGACCACCAUCGUGGAUCGCAGACAGCAAGCAUCAAGGCAGACGACAGCGUCGCUCGGAACCGCCGAUUUCGAUCACAGGCGGCUGGAGUAUUUGGCAACCGACUCCGGAAUCACCGGCGCUUCCGACCAUACGCGGCGAGUGCUCGGUCGUCUGCCGACGAUCGUGUGAUUGAUGACCCUGACUCGACACUGUUCUUCGCCGUCACAAAUGAUGGACUGAGCGCUUUGCGACAGUCAAGCUGCUAG